UGAAAAAAAUGUACUCAUCUUUUUCUUGCAAAGCAACCUUCUUUUAAAAUACUGAAAAUAUUAAUGGGUAUUAAUGUUAAAAAUUGUUACUCUACCGGUUCAAAAACGGGGAAGAUCAGUUUUACAGAUUCGGGAUGUUUUCAUUAUUUUUAAUCGAUUAAUCCUUUUCCUCGUUACUUUCCUCUCUCAGAGACAAACAGGAGACAGAAACGGAAGGGAACCAGUGAGUGCGGGCGAGAGGGCUCCGGAGAAAGAAGGUUAUAGAGAGAUGUCUCUGGUAGACUAUGCUUCCUCUUCAGACGAAGACGAAGAGGCUGAGCCCAUACAAGAACAACAACUCCAUUCCCAAGUUCCUCUAGCUCCAAAUCCCGAUCCUCCACUUCCUCAAACCCAAUCAUCAGCGUCAGCAUCAGAUCAACAGCCAGAAAUUGCUUCCAGUUCAUCAGUGCCUUCUAUUGAAAAACUUCCUGAUGCCUCGUUCCUAUUGAAUUCACCUGCUAUCUCAUCCCAUCUACUUAGUGGCUAUGAUCACUCUUCUCGAGUUGCAGCUGCUAUGGCUGAAAGUGCUUCACGCAAGAGAGAAGCAAAGGGAUUUUCUUCCUCUCUUCCCCGCAGUAAAGUUCCUAAAGGAACCUUGCCUCAUUCAAGAAAUGUUCCAGAUACUGUGGGGGGUCUGCUAGUACCACCUCAGCUUAAGGGAAAGAGCAAUGUUGUCACAGAAGAUCUGAGCAAGCUCUUUGUGAAAAAGCCUGUUGGCUCCUCAUCUCAGUAGCAGUUCUUCAUGUCAGUAAUAGUUCUUUUUGUUUUCUUUUAUAUGUUUUUGUUGUAGUUUCAGAUGGCAGUCUGCAAAUGCAUAAACCUCUGGCAGAUUUAGUUGAAAUUUAAAGAACUAACAUGCUUUAAAAUUCA